AUGCCAUCGGUGGUGGGAGUUGAGGCGACAUCAGUCCUUCAAGAGGGGUCGCCCCAUCGCGCAAGUCGCGCAUCACUGAGAGUCCUGAAUCGCAACAUCGGCCAGGUCGUCUUUGGUGAAUUACUCUUCGACACCUGGUACUACUCCCCCUAUCCGGACAAUAUCAUUCUUGGUCCUGAACAUCAGCACGUGCCGCUUAAACACACUGGAACGGCAGCAGACCUUCGAAACGCGAGCGUGCAUACUAUAAAUGGCGAUCAACCGCAAUGCCGUCGCCUGUACGUCUGCCCGUUCUGCUUUCGCUACACACCUGUGGAGCAUGACUUCAUGCAACAUCUGCAACAUCACCGCAACCGUCGUGAGCAAGGUCUAGAGACACAGCCCGUCCCGGAGUCUGCGUUCAAGGUGUACGAAUGGGAAGGCCACGCCGUGUGGGAGAUUGACGGCGAAAAGGAAAAGCUCUAUUGCCAGAACUUGUCCCUGUUCGGGAAAUUGUUCCUCGAGCAGAAGAGCGUCUUCUUCGACACGACUGGGUUCAAAUACUACGCUUUGACGUACACGAAGCCAGCUGGUAUCGCGCCAGCCACAAAAGGCCGAGGACGGAAGCGAAGCUCAUCUGUGCUCGAAGAUGACAUUUUUCACGAGACGCAGGUGCUGGGAUUCUUCUCCAAGGAGAAUUUGUCAUGGGACGCGAACAAUCUGGCUUGCAUCUUGAUAUUCCCACCUUUCCAGCACCGACAACUCGGUCAGUUGCUGAUGGCAGUGUCAUACAAACUCAGCGGAUGGGAGUGGGAAGGAGGCAUCAUCGGAGGUCCUGAGAAGCCACUUAGUGCUAUGGGUCGCAAAAGCUACCUGAGAUUCUGGUCGGAGCGUAUCGCGCGAUUCUUCAUGGGUCAAAGUGCAGAUGCUGAUGGAAAGAGAGUUUUCCACAAAGCUAGGAAGAGGACGGUCAACCCAAGAAAGGAGGAAAUGACUGUCAAGGACAUCGGAAGUCGCACAGGCAUGUUGCCGGAAGACAUCGUUGCCGCUCUGACCGAAAUGGGAGUCUGCAAAGUUGUCUUGCCGAAACGGAAGAGAAAGGUUUCGAAUGAAAUGAACGGGUCUGCGAGUCAUGCUGAUCAGCCGGAGCCAGAAGAACUGGCUACUAUGAUAGUGGAGAGAUCCAAGAUCCUGCAAUGGGCGAAGAACAACGGGGUUGGUCUGAGCAGCCCUGUCCGAGAAGAAGGGUUCUUGGGUGAGUGGGCACUGAGUGACCUUGAAGGGUCAGAGGAUGUUGAGGAGUCCGGCGACUCCAGCAGUGUAUGA